AUGGCCAAAAGCGGAGAGGCCCUGCCACAGGGCAACCCAGCGCUGAUCCCGGACCACCACCUCAUCAAGGUGACGGUGAAGACACCCAAAGACAAGGAGGAUUUCUCAGUUACAGAUACUUGCACCAUCCAGCAGCUGAAGGAAGAGAUAUCUCAACGCUUUAAGGCCCACCCUGAUCAGCUGGUCCUAAUCUUUGCUGGCAAAAUCCUCAAGGACCCUGACUCACUGGCACAGUGUGGAGUACGAGAUGGCCUCACUGUCCACCUGGUCAUCAAGAUGCAACGCCGCACCAUGGGCACUGAGUGCGCAGCUGCUUCAGUCCCUGCCCCAGCCUCCAGCCCUAGAUCAUUCCCUCAACCAAGCUCCAUGUACCCAGCAGAUGGGCCACCCGCCUUUAGCUUAGGUGUUCUCACAGGCCUCAACGGGCUAGGCCUGACCUCCGGUAGUUUCCCCGACCAGCCAAGCUCACUGAUGUGGCAGCAUGUCUCUGUGCCUGAGUUUGUGGCUCAGAUCAUUGAUGACCCUUUCAUCCAAGGUCUGCUGUCCAACACAGGCCUGAUGCGCCAGCUGGUUCUCGAUAACCCCCAUAUGCAGCAGCUGAUCCAGCACAACCCUGAGAUCGGGCAUAUUCUCAACAACCCCGAAAUCAUGCGGCAGGCAUUGGAGUUUCUCCGCAACCCAGCCAUGAUGCAAGAGAUGAUGCGUAGCCAGGACCGGGCACUCAGUAACCUGGAAAGCAUCCCUGGUGGCUACAAUGUGCUUCGUACUAUGUACACGGAUAUUAUGGACCCGAUGCUUAAUGCUGUACAGGAGCAGUUUGGUGGCAAUCCCUUUGCCACUGCCACUACUGCGAAUGCCACCAGCAGCAGCAGCCAACCUUCGAGGACAGAGAAUUGUGACCCUCUCCCCAACCCAUGGGCUUCCACAUAUGGGGGCUCUGUUGGCAGGCGAGGCAGGCAUCCUGGGGACCAGGAUGUAUCCGAGACUAGAAAUAGGGUUCCCACCAUUCUAGGUAAUAUAAGGCUCUAUGACUAUCUUCAGCAAUUACAUGAGACCCCCCAGUCCUUGGGAACCUAUCUGCAAGGGACUACAUCCACUCUCAGUCCGAGCCAAGAACCACCACCACCAGGAAACCGAAUCCUCCCAACUUCAUCUUCCUCCCAGGAACGUGAGUCAGGCCAGCCUCUCCCUAAGGAAUCAGGAGCCAUCAAGGGAAAGUCCUCUUGCCCAUUGUUCCUGAGAUAUCCCCCAGAGAGCAGUACUGGACAAGAUAGAGGUCAAGGUGGCACAGGGAAUGGCUCCACUGGCCAUGGCACCAACAUGCCUGAUCUUGUCUUAGGGCUGGGGCAUUCUGCCAAUAGGGCCCCAUUCGUCCCUUCAUCAGCUUCCCCUAUGCCAGCUACCCCUGGGAUCCCCGAGCAUGCCCGGCUGCCACCGGUAGCUUAUCCAAGAUCUCUGAGGCCCACCAGCGUGAACCAGGUCCCACAGCUGCAGGACGAGAUGCGCCGGCAGCUGCCCCUGCUGCUGCACCUUCAGGCAGCCAUGGCCAACCCUCGUGCCAUGCACGCGCUCCUACAGAUUGAGCAGGGUCUGCAGAUCCUGGCCACUGAAGCACCUCACCUCCUACUGUGGUUCAUGCCUUGCCUAACAGGGCUGGGAAGUAUGGUAGGCGGUACAGAGCCUAGAGGGGGUGCCCUUAUGCCUGAGGAUCCCCCUCUAGCUCCAGCUCCUGAGGUACCCCCAGCACAGGGCUCUGUGGAGCUGGGCCCUCAUUCCACCCCUUUCCUCCAGAUGUGGCAGGCUCUAAGUGGUGCCAAUCCCCAGCAGAUGCAGCCCGAGAUUCAUUUCCGGGUGCAGCUAGAGCAGCUGCGAGCAAUGGGUUUCCUGAAUCCCGAAGCUAAUCUCCAGGCCCUCAUAGCCACUGGGGGUGAUGUGGAUGCUGCUGUGGAGAAGCUGAGGCAGGCAUAG